GCCGCCCUUAAACCUUUAAAGAAGAAGACGAAUCACUGCGCGGGUUCAGUUCAGUUGGAGCCGUUGUUGAAAUUUGGUAACGGAAAUCUAAGUUGUAUAAACGAUGCAUCGCUUGGACUCGUCUCCGUUCACGGUGACUCCGGCUGCCAGCCUGUUGGCCAGGUGUGUCUCCAGAGGAGCUCUGUCUCAGGAGGAAAUAGACUCCGCCUCCUCCAGCCUAAGCCCCGCCUUCUCUGCUCACCUGCACGAGGCUGAACAGCGAAUCAGAAUGCAGAGACAGCUGGACCAGUUGCAGCUGGACGUGGAGCUGCUGCAACAAGAGAAGAAGAGCGCAGACAUCUCGCACACUUUCUACCUCACUCGGAGGUUCCAGAUGCUCCAGGUGUUCUGCUGUCACCUGCAGGACGUCCUGAAGGACCAGAGGAGUCUGGGGCAGAGGCUGAUGAGGCCACUGGGACGCACCAACCUGCCGGUCCCGGCACACCUGCACAGGUUGGUGGUGGACGUGGUGACGUUGCUGCUGGACUUCAUCGAGACUCUGGAGGAGAAGAUGGACUCGGUCCACUGCCGCUCAACCGCCAGAGACCGCCUCGCUCAGCUGAAUACAUCUGCUGCCCAGUUACUGGGUGUUGUGGUGGAGCUGGAGAGUUUAGCCAAUCAGGUUCUACAGAGGCAGGAAGUCCAGAGCAGCAAACAGAGUGACAUCUCUGCAUGACGACAGACCCAGCCUUCAGCGGAGUCAGCUGAUUCUGUUGUUGGACAAACACGCAGACAUUUGCACACAGACAUUGUUCAUUAGUUAUAAUUAUUGUUGUUAUUAUUAUUGUUUGUGACUGACGUGAUUGUUGAGGCGUUUUGAAAUAAAAUCUGUUUUGCUAGAAACUCUUCA